UCGCUCGGCUCCGGGCCCGCGCAGCUCUCCCAGCCGGCUCGCGAGAACGAGCAGGGGAGGGGACGGAGCCCGCGGCCGAGGGCUGGAGGACUCGACUCUCCGCAGCGGGCAGCCGGGCCCCUAGCUGCGGCAGCGGCUGCUGGCGGCGGUGGCCGGGAGGUGCCAGCCCGCGCUGGGUGGCGGAGAGCCGCGGGGCGGGGGCUGCGGCCGGUGACCCGAGGGAGAGCUUGCUUGCAGUCAGCAUGGCGGGGCUGUGGGCCAGGCGGGGCUCCGGGCUCCGGCUGCUGGCGCUGUCCACGCUCGGCUUCUGCCUGAUGCUGCAAGUCAGUGCCAAGAGGCCCCCCAAGACGCCCCCCUGCCCGCCUAGCUGCUCCUGCACCAGGGACACCGCCUUCUGCGUGGACUCUAAGGCAGUGCCCAGGAACCUGCCCUCCGAGGUCAUCUCUCUGACGCUGGUGAAUGCUGCCUUCUCGGAGAUCCAGGAUGGAGCGUUUUCCCACCUGCCACUGCUGCAGUUCCUGUUACUCAACUCCAACAAGUUUACUCUGAUUGGAGACAAUGCCUUCACAGGACUGUCGCACCUGCAGUACCUCUUCAUUGAGAACAAUGACAUCUGGGCACUAUCCAAGUUUACCUUCAGAGGACUCAAGUCUUUGACACACCUAUCGCUGGCCAACAAUAAUCUGCAGACACUGCCUAGAGACAUCUUUCGGCCCUUGGACAUCCUGAGUGACUUGGACCUGCGGGGCAACUCACUCAACUGUGACUGCAAAGUGAAGUGGUUGGUGGAGUGGCUGGUGCAUACCAACACCACGGUGGCUCCCAUCUAUUGCGCCAGCCCGCCCCGCUUCCAAGAGCACAAGGUGCAGGAUUUGCCGCUGCGGGAGUUCGACUGCAUCACCACAGAUUUUGUGCUGUACCAGACCCUGCCCUUCCCAGCAGUAUCAGCCGAGCCCUUCCUUUACUCCAGUGACCUCUAUUUGGCUCUGGCCCAGCCAGGUGCCAGCGCUUGCACCGUCCUCAAGUGGGACUAUGUUGAACGGCAGCUUCGAGAUUAUGAUAGAAUCCCAGCCCCCUCUGCAGUGCACUGCAAGCCAAUGGUGGUAGACAGCCAGCUGUAUGUGGUUGUGGCCCAGCUGUUCGGUGGAUCUUACAUUUACCACUGGGACCCCAACACCACACGCUUCACCAAGCUGCAGGAUAUCGACCCACAGCGUGUGCGCAAGCCCAACGACCUGGAGGCUUUCCGCAUUGACGGCGACUGGUACUUUGCCGUGGCCGACAGCUCCAAGGCGGGUGCCACCAGCCUCUACCGCUGGCACCAGAAUGGCUUCUACUCCCACCAGGCCCUGCAUGCCUGGCACCGUGACACUGACCUGGAGUUUGUAGAUGGCGAGGGCAAGCCACGGUUGAUUGUGUCUAGUAGCUCCCAGGCACCUGUCAUCUAUCAGUGGAGCCGCACCCAGAAGCAGUUUGUGGCCCAGGGUGAGGUGACCCAGGUGCCUGAUGCCCAGGCUGUGAAACACUUCCGUGCUGGGCGCGACAGCUACCUGUGUCUCAGCCGCUACAUCGGUGACUCCAAGAUCCUGCGCUGGGAGGGCACCCGUUUCUCUGAAGUGCAGGCCCUGCCCUCCAGGGGCUCGCUGGCCAUGCAGCCCUUCCUCGUCGGUGGCCGCCGCUACCUGGCACUGGGCAGCGACUUCUCCUUCACGCAGAUCUACCAGUGGGAUGAGGGGCGCCAAAAGUUUGUGCGGUUCCAGGAGCUGGCUGUGCAGGCCCCUCGGGCCUUCUGCUACAUGCCUGCUGGGGAUGCUCAGCUGCUCCUGGCCCCUAGCUUCAAGGGACAGACGCUCGUGUACCGACACAUAGUGGUGGAUCUCAGUGCCUAGAGGGGUGCCGAGGCCUCUGUGUUCCUCGGGCAGCCACUCGAGGCUGAACAGAAGUCUCUGUGUGAGCAGCAUGUGUGCCCAUGUGAAGACACAUGUAGCCAACCUGUGUACAUGCCCUCACAUACACCCUCCGCACCCCCCAUGAGCAUGGGCCACACUGUGGACUGGCCCAGGAGAGCCACUUGUCAUAGUUGUAAUCAGCAUGAAGACUUGUAUAUGCAACAGGCAACCCAGCAACCCUGUGCCCUCUCAUAUGUGGACACUUGUCUGCCCCACACCCUACCUAAAGGCCCCCCCUUGGUCUGCUGCUUUCCCCGUGCUCCGGCCCCAGGGAAGGAGUACGGGAAGGAAGGGCAGGGCCACCCCCCUCUUGUUUUUCAGCUUAUUCUUCCUACUCCCCAGUUUCUCCUGUUGGUGCUCCAGGUGUCUGUUUACCUACUUGUGCUCUGCCCUGCAGCCCACAGCCACAUCCUUCACACUGCUGGGCUCACUCACCCAUGCUGUACUUCUGCAUGCACACGUGGACACAUGCACACACACCUGCUGACACUCCCAUUUCUGUGUGCACACAUGCAGGUUCAGUGCUGCCUAAAGAGGCUCUCUUUCAUCACCUUGUCUCUCUUCUUGGAGAAGACACACAGUACCCACCCUCCUCUGCUCAUCCCUGGUGGUGUCAGCCUCUGGACACCAGCUUGAUCUCCUGGGGGCAAAGCCCCUCUGCCCAAAGCAAUAACAACAGCAGACCCUGACUUCUUUUUUUUUUUUUUUUUUUUUUACGUUUAUUUAUUUUUGGGACAGAGAGAGGCAGAGCAUGAACGGGGGAGGGGCUGAGAGAGAGGGAGACACAGAAUCGGAAGCAGGUUCCAGGCUCCGAGCCGUCAGCCCAGAGCCCGACGCGGGGCUCGAACUCACGGACUGCGAGAUGGUAACCUGAGUUGAAGUCGGACGCUUAACCGACUGAGCCACCCAGGCGCCCCAGACCCUAACUUCUUCUUAGGGCUCUCUGUUCUUACUGGAGUUUCCUGCUCUGAUCCUGAAUGCCGCUCACCUGUGGACAGGAGACCACCCAGAUAAAAGCCUUCCAGCUUUUCUUUACUAUAGCUGCCGAAGCCUCAGACCACCCUGUCGUUCAGCCCCACCUUUGGGACUGGACCUUGAGCUGUGUAGGCUCCUUUAGGUGGGUCCAAGAGCUGGCCGAGCCAGGGACUCUGCAAACAUGAGCCAACUGGGUGGGUGCCAAGAGUAGAGCAGGGAUAGAGAGCAUCUUGGGGGAUCCUGGGACCUCUCUAGUCCACAGAGACAGGCCCCAGGUGCAUUGCCUUCUAAAGCAAGCUGAGUGGUGGAGGGGGUGAGGGUCCUGUGGGAGUAGCACCUGGGAGUCAAGCUUCUGCUGCCCUCUGCUGUAUGCUGGGAAUAGGUAGUUCUGAGCUGGAGGCCAGUGGAGAAGACACAGGGUGGGGAAACCUCCCUGUGCCCAAGCUGUGUGAGGGCGUACUGGUGGCAAGAUGCCCAGGGGCACUUGGGGGCAAUGUUACGACUCACUGCUGCAAAUAAAAAUUUCCUACCCCA